UGAAUAUCUGGUGUGUUAUUUUGCUUUCGAGGUGGACUGGAUAGGAGAACAACAACCUAGUGUAUGUACUAAGAAUAUCUAUGGUAUUAGAGCUGUCGUCGGUUGUCUUCCUGCAUGGUUCCGGUUUGCUCAAUGCCUGCGACGGUACCGAGACACGAAAUUGGUAUUUCCACACAUAGUCAAUGCUGGCAAAUACUCUACCACUUUCUUUGUUAUGUUAUUUUCUACUCUAUAUAAAGUACAUAAAGAGAUCUAUGGUGACAGUAUGCGUCAGACCAGCGUGUUUUACUAUCUGUGGAUUGUGUGUGCUCUCCUCAGCUCGUGCUACACCUAUACUUGGGAUAUUAAAAUGGAUUGGGGUCUGUUUGAUAAAAACGCUGGGGAAAAUAAGUACUUACGAGAAGAAAUAGUUUACGCAUUUAAGGCCUACUAUUAUUUUGCAAUAGUAGAAGAUUUUAUAUUGAGAUUUGCCUGGUCGUUAACUGUGUCUGUAGGCGAGGGUUUAUUAUUUCAUAAUGAAAUAUUAACUACAUUAUUGGCUUCAUUCGAAGUAUUCAGGAGAUUUGUGUGGAACUUUUUCCGUCUGGAGAAUGAACAUUUAAAUAACUGCGGUCAGUUUCGAGCCGUACGGGACAUUUCUAUUGGUCCUAUUGAUUCGAAUAAUGAAAUGCAAUUGGUUGAAAUGAUGGAUGACCCAGAUGGCGCUGAUUUACGUCUGAAUGAAAAACGAUCUCAAUAUGGAAA